AUGCUCCCCUCACUUCUGAGAGCUGGUGCUCCCAGAGCUCUGGCCACUGGCCGGGCCCUGCCCAUGAGAAACCAGGCCCGCCUUCUUUCUACCACUGCCCGCCGCUAUGCCGAUGAGAAGCUCAACAGGGUCUCGGCCACCAUCACCCAGCCCAAGUCCCAGGGUGCUUCUCAGGCCAUGCUUUACGCUACUGGUAUGUCUGAGGCCGACAUGAACAAGCCUCAGGUCGGUAUUUCGUCCGUCUGGUACGAUGGCAACCCUUGCAACAUGCACUUGCUCGACCUCUCCGGUCUCGUCAGAGACAGCAUCAAGAAGGCUGGCCUCGUGCCCAUGCGCUUCAACACUAUUGGUGUCUCCGACGGUAUCAGCAUGGGUACCACUGGUAUGCGUUACAGCUUGCAGAGCAGAGAAAUUAUUGCCGACAGUAUCGAGACCGUCAUGAAUGGCCAGUGGUACGACGCCAACGUUUCCCUGCCCGGUUGCGACAAGAACAUGCCCGGUGUGUUGAUCGCUAUGGGCAGAGUCAACCGCCCUAGUAUCAUGGUGUAUGGUGGUACCAUCAAGCCCGGCUGCAGUGCUGGUGGCGAGCCCAUCGACAUUGUCAGCGCUUUCCAGGCCUACGGCCAGUACCUUUCCGGCGAGAUCGACGAGAAGCAGCGCUUCGACAUCAUCCGCAACGCUUGCCCCGGUGGUGGUGCUUGCGGUGGCAUGUACACUGCCAACACCAUGGCCAGCGCCAUCGAGACUCUCGGUAUGACUCUCCCCGGCUCUUCCAGCAACCCCGCCGAGGACCCCAGCAAGAAGGCCGAGUGCGAGAGCGUCGGUGAGGCUGUCAAGACCCUCCUCAGAGAGGACAUCCGCCCCCGCGACAUCAUGACCCGCCAAGCCUUUGAGAACGCCAUGACCGUCGUUACCGUUCUUGGUGGCAGCACCAACGCCGUCCUCCAUCUCAUCGCCAUCGCCGACUCCGUUGGCAUCAAGCUCACCAUCGACGACUUCCAGACCGUUUCCGACAGAAUCCCCUUCCUCGCUGACCUCAAGCCCUCCGGCAAGUACGUCAUGGAGGAUCUCUGCAAGAUUGGUGGUACCCCCUCCCUCCUCAAGUUCCUUCUCAGGGAAGGUAUCAUUGAUGGCUCUGGCGUCACCGUCACCGGCAAGACCAUGAAGGAGAACGUCGAGGCCUACCCCGACUUCCCUCCCGAGCAGAAGAUCAUCCGCCCCAUGAGCGACCCCAUCAAGCCUACCGGUCACAUCCAGAUUCUCCGCGGCUCCCUCGCCCCCGGCGGCUGUGUCGGCAAGAUCACUGGCAAGGAGGGUCUCCGUUUCGAGGGUACCGCCAAGGUCUACGACUACGAGGAUGGCUUCAUUGAGGCUCUCGAGCGCGGUGAGAUCAAGAAGGGCGAGAAGACCGUCGUUGUCAUCCGCUACGAGGGUCCCAAGGGUGGUCCUGGUAUGCCUGAGAUGCUUAAGCCGAGCUCUGCCAUCAUGGGCGCUGGCCUUGGCAAGGAUGUUGCCCUCAUCACUGAUGGGCGCUUCUCCGGUGGUUCUCACGGCUUCUUGAUCGGUCACAUCGUGCCCGAGGCCAUGGAGGGUGGCCCCAUUGCCCUUGUCCAGGACGGUGACAAGAUUGUCAUUGACGCCGAGCAGCGUGUGCUCAACCUCGAGAUCCCUGCUGAGGAGCUCGAGAGGAGAAAGAGCCAGUGGAGAGCCCCCGAGUCUAAGGCCAGGAGGGGUACUCUUAGGAAGUACGCCCAGCUGGUCAAGGAUGCCAGCCACGGCUGUGUGACUGAUGCUUGA